ACGACCACGACCACGACCAUGACCACCAUGACCAUGACCAUGACCAUGACCAUGACCACGACCACAUGAACCAGGAUCAUCUCCGUAACCGCAGCCUGGACAGUGUGGAGUGCCUGAACGCCUCCAGCAUCCUCUCCUCACAUGGAAUGUCUCAGGGAGUGGGCAUCACCCUCAAAGACUUCAGCUUCCUUUGCCCCGCCCUCCUCAACCAGAUCGACAGAGGAGCCUGCAUCAUGGACGGAGACGCCCCCGAACACGAGCACAGAGGGCACAAACAUCACACACAUGAUCACAAUCACCAUGGAGACCACAACCACUCGGGCCACGGCGAGCGAUCAGCUGGAGAGAACGGCAGAAACAUCACAACAGCGUGGGUCGGCGGCUUCCUCUCCAUCACCAUCAUCAGCCUGCUGUCGCUGUUCGGCGUCGUCCUCAUCCCGCUCAUGAACAAAGUCUUCUUCAAGUUCCUCCUCAGCUUCCUGGUGGCGCUGGCGGUGGGAACGCUGAGCGGCGACGCCUUCCUGCACCUCAUCCCCCACUCUCAGGGAGGCCACCAUCACCACCACCACCACGAGGACGCAGGGUUGAACAUGCAUGGACAUAACCACAACGAUGAGCACGAGGAAAACCUGGACGCGGUGUGGAAAGGCCUGACGGCGCUCAGCGGAGUCUACUUCAUGUUUCUGAUCGAGCACUUCCUGACGCUGGGGAAGAUGUACAAGGACAAGAAGCAAAAGAUCCAGAAGAAAUGGGAUCAGAACGACAAAGCAGACCCAGAAAAGCAAUCGGCUCUGGAGGAAAACGACAUGAAGCCAAGCGAAGAUGUGGAGACCAACGGUGCCGGUGCGUUCGCCGACCACUCCAGCAGCCUGCACGGCGGCAGCGUGGCGGAGGAGGAGCAGGUGAUGCUGGCGCCGCAGGUGUCCGUCGUCCGUCGAGCGUCGGGCGCCGCCGCCUACACGGCCGAGGACUGCGAGAACAAAUGCCACUCCCACUUCCACGACACGGUGGGCCAGGCCGACAGCAUGCACCACCACCACCACGACUACCACCACAUCCUGCACCACCACCACUCCCAGAACCACCACCCCCACAGCCACUCCCACUCCUACUCGGAGCAGCACUUCCAGGAGGCCGGCGUGGCCACGCUCGCCUGGAUGGUCAUCAUGGGAGACGGACUGCACAACUUCAGCGACGGCCUGGCCAUCGGUGCUGCCUUCAGUGAGGGUCUGUCCAGCGGACUCAGUACAUCUGUGGCUGUUUUCUGCCACGAGCUGCCUCAUGAGCUGGGUGACUUUGCGGUGCUUCUGAAGGCCGGUAUGACGGUGCGUCAGGCCAUUCUUUACAACGUGCUGUCGGCCAUGAUGGCCUACCUGGGCGUGGUGACGGGCAUUUUGAUCGGACAUUACGCAGAAAACAUCUCCACGUGGAUCUUCGCCCUCACGGCCGGGCUCUUCAUGUACGUGGCGCUGGUGGACAUGGUGCCUGAGAUGUUGCACAACGACGCCGGGGACCACGGCUUCAGCCACUGGGGCUUCUUCCUCCUCCAGAACGCCGGCAUCCUGCUGGGCUUCUGCAUAAUGCUGCUGAUCGCCAUUUUUGAGCACAAAAUCCAGCUGGACCUGGGAUACUGAGGGAGAGGCGGCACUCAGCUCAGUGUUGCAUUCCAGCGUCUCCGUCUGAUGUGUCGUGUUUUUUUUUAUUUGCUGUCUACAGACUCCGGUCACCGCGGUUUAGUUUUCACAUGGUGUUACCAGAAGCACCAGUUCAGACAAGAAGGUGGAAUGUAAUCGACCGGCCGCUCAGCCGGUGGAGCUGAUGGAAACAGGAGCUUCUGAGGCUCAGAUGUCUGCUGUUUAGACUUACUGUAGGAAUAAAAAUAGCUCAGAAAGUAGAUUUUUUUGUAUUAGCUUGGACUGUGGUAGAGCAUGCAGCAGUUCCUCCCUUUAUCGACAAACUCUUCACCCCCUGAAGUGGGAGUCAACCAAGUGUAGGACAGAAAAACUGAGGUUCAGUGUCACAGUAGAUUGUUACGGUUAAUCCAAAAAGUUUAAAGUGUUUCUGCUGCUGAGUCAAACUGGAUCAGUGUUACAGAGGAUCCCCAAAGUGUCAAAACUUAACAUGGUUUCCACAUGCAGCAGAAUCUACAGCCAAAUUGAGCCUAAAAUGACAAAUUGUUCAGCGUUGGCACCAUUAAGGCGAUGAUGAUUACCAGUUAGUCCGUUAUUUGUUUUCUAGAAUGUUCCAGCUGAACGGUUUGGGUUACAGAUACAAACUUUCAGCACUUGACUGACAGUCAGAAGCGUUAUCAGUUAUGAAUGGAUUAAUUAUUGACAUGAAUGAAGCGGUGCAGACAUUUUUUCGCUAACGACGUGACUUUAGCUCCUAAAAUGUUUCGUUUACAUCAACCACUCUGCAACAGGAAUUCUACCACAGUAAAUCUAGAUUUCUUUUGAUGAUGUGAACUCUGGCCAGAAGUCAUGAAGCUUCACAGAAGUCUUUGUCAUGGUGCCCGUCGCUAGCUAAACCCCCAGAAUGCUCUCUGCUUGCUAGGAUGAACUACCUGUAAUCUGAUUACUGCCCCAGAAGGAUGGAAGCUCUACAGGAUGUUUCCAAUCAAUAAUCGCUUCAUUAUCAGUCAGUAACUGAUCCAAUGAGAACACAGAUUGAAGACAUUUCCUCAGUGGUAAAUUGUUGUUUUAGACUUGAUUUGGGCCACAAAGGCAGCUGAGUUCCAUGUUUAGGUAGAAACACUGAUGUAGUGGAUUCCAGUUCAUCUGAAUCAUGUCAGCUGAUAGGAGCUCAUUAACCACCACUGAAGUCUCUGUCAUGGUGCCCGUUGCUAGCUAAACAAUGCUCUCUCUCUGCCAACAUGAGAUUCCUGUAGUCUGAGUGACCUCCUCUGGUCUGCACAGUAUUAAAGACACUCCACCUGGUGGAACAAGCAGGUACUACAGCUGGUCUACAUUUACUGACCUGCAGCUUCCUCAUCUUCUGCCUCAUCUCUUAAUAGAACUGUCAUUAUUUAAACCAGUAAAUUUAAUUAUUUAACCAAUAACUAUUAAAUUUCCUAAAUUAGAUAACUUCCUGUGUUGGUCCAAUGCUCGAAAACCAAAAGAUGAUAAGAAAAAACUAAGUAUUUAUUUUUAAAAGUUGGAACAGGAAGUUUCUGGUGUUUUUGUUUCAGUAAUGAGUUUUGUGUUGAUAGAUUGGUGCUUUCAGCUCUAACAGUGGUCAUGCAGUGCACAGUCUCUGGUUCUGGAGGUGCUCCUUUGUGUUUAUUGUCAACAUGUUUAUGGGGCAUUUAAAAAGUGUUACCCAGUGCUGUUGUGUUUGCCGCACAGGGCAGCACGCUCAUGUUUGUCCGACUUGAACACCCCAUUUAAAGCUCAAAUCAGGCUCCAGACCUUCUGAAUAGAAGACACAGUUAGUGAGAUGUAGACAGGAGUUUGGUGAAAACGAAGCUGCUUCUCUGGAGUCUGAACAACAGGACGACGGCGCCUCUCAGCCUGGAGGCUAAAGGAGGAUUUUGCUUUAUUUCAACCUGCUGAAUCUCCCAGUAAUGUGGCUCUGAGGGUUCUACCAACGUUCCAUCAAAGUUUUCCAGCUUAGUCAGCGAGUCGCUUCACACAGCGAUGUACGAGGUGUUAAAGUGAAGCAGAGCCAUAAUGUUCCGCUCCAGCGUCUCUUUUGACUCGUUACACAAAUAUCUUUUUGGUGUCUGCAGACGAGUCCUGCAGCAGAGACGGUCUGAAAAGAAUCAAUUCCAGCAGCUUCAAGUGUUGUGUUCUGUGUUUUAUAGACUUUGAUUGUUUUUAUUUGUUACAUUGAAAGAGUUAGUGUGGCAGCUUCAAAACUCCUUUGUUCUAAUAUUCCUCCUGUUCAGGUUGAAUGUGGACUUUGACAGCAGAAGAUCAAAGUGUGAACGUCCAGCUUCAGUCUGAAAGGUCUGAAUGUUGGUUUAGUGCGUCUGAUGUUUGGUUAAGUAGCGCUUCUGUACGGAAGAAGGUUCAGGGUCACUGGAAAACAACUAGUUUGAGUUUAAAGCCAGAGCGCUGAGAAAAUUCUCACUUUUAAGGUUUGGUUUCAUUAAAUAACAAGGUCAGAAUUUUUUUUAUUGAAUCUGACUGUAAAGUUUUGUGUUCGCCAGACGUUUUUCUGUGAAUUCUGAUUUUAAAGUCUGGUUUUAAAGACAGAAUUCAAAGAAAAACGUCAGAAUUUGGAAAUAAACAGUCAGAACUUUGGUGAAAAAAGAAAUUCUGACUUUUAGAAGAAUUUAAAGUCAGAAUUUCAGAGAAUAAGAUUGUGAGAGUAACAUCAGGAUUCUGACCUGAAUUCUAACUUUUGAAAUCAGAAUUCAAGAAGAGAAAAAUCUGUUUUCUGACUUUUAAAGUUUGUGUUCAAAUAAAGUUUCACAGUUCUGACAGGAAAUUCAGAAUUUGGAUCCAAAAAGUCAAAAUUCAGAGAAAAACUCCUGAAUUUUCAGUUGAAAGUAUAAACUGUGACUUCUUUUCUCUCUGAUCCUCUUUGGUUCCAUCACAGGUUGGACAGAAAACAGGAUUUUUCCCUUUAAACAGAAAACAGACAGAAAGUUCAGAGUGUAUUUUACUGUGUGUAAAUACUUUUAUGUGCAGUUCAGCUUUGAUUUGUUUCACUCACUGUGCUGUUUGUCGUGAAGUUUGUGAGUCUGAGCGACGCAGAAAACAUUACAUGUGAUUUACAGUUUGGGAAAAGUUUGUUUUAAUCCAAAAGAAAAAAGAGGAUCGACUUAUUCUUUUAGGUUUGUGUCCAAAAGUGUUUAAAAUGUGUCUGUUAAUGAAGAGAAGUGCAGCAGGUGGAUGAAAACAUGAAGACGUCGAGCAGCUCUGCAGCAAAGUUUCAUUUCUAAACGUUCUGUUUGCUCAAAUCAAAGUUAAAUAUAUGAGACAAAAAUGAAAAUCAGGACAAAAUCUGAGUCAGAAUCAAACAUGCAGGACUCUCCUGAUGAUUCCUGCAAAACAGAACAUUUUAUGUUGUCAGAUAAAGUUUUAUUUAACAGUUAAAAGCAGGAAACCUGGAACAUCUGGGAGCAGCUGUCACAUCUGGAGCUGAAAAGAUGAUAAAUGAUGAAUGUUUCUUAUUUUAAUUCAAACUUCCUGUGAGUUUGUAUCGAACACGACACGUAAAAACGGAUUAAAAUGAUCAGAUUUAUGGUUUUACCCCAAACAUGACGUUAAACUGCAAAAAGAAGAAUUCUUCUGCUUGUUUAAAAGUUGAAAUGUGACGUUUUUUUCUGUAAUCAGAGCCUUUAGAGUGUUUUUACAGCCUGACAAAGUCAAAUCUCCAAAUCCAGCUGUGAGAGUCACAUUUGAAAGCAGCUGAAGUCCUCAUUUUUACAUUUUGGUCUUUGGAACAAAAUCAACAUAAAUAAUACUGAUCCUUUUCUGCUAAGUGAAAAACUGUGAGUUGUUGUGAUAUUGAAUGAAGCUGCUUGUUUCUGGAGGCUCUCAUGUGACCUUAAAUGGAGAAGCAGAAUGGAGCAGACUGACAUUUGGCUGCAGAGCUGUUUUAAACGCUGUCUCUGCUGUUUUGUCCACCUCUGCAGAGACCUUCAGGCAGCUUUGAUGUUGACUCACUGUGACAUUCCUGAACACCAAUAAACUUUUGGUCUUCUUCCCACAA